AACCCGACACAAUCAAAAUGUCCACAAAUAUUGAGUCCAACUCUUUGUCCAAACGAAGACAUAUUAUUGGCAUUGAAUCCAAAGUCAUCGGAAAGAAGAAGACUUUAAUCAGAUUAUUAGAAAAUGGAGGCACUGUUGAGGAAGAGGUCAACGAUAGCAACAACUGUUGUAUUAGUGAUGAAGACUUACUGCGUUUGGGUGAUAUUGGACUUCAGAUUCAUAAACAUUACGGAAACGCAAGAGAUAUAGAAUGGGGUCUAAAAGGGGGCCAAAUAUUUAUGCUUCAGUCGAGACCCGUAACUAAUUUAGACAACUCUUACACCGAUUACGAGAUUAUGCAUGAAUUAGAUACCGCACAUCCUACCGAGUUUGAAAUUUAUUCACGCGCUCAUUGGGGUGAAAACUAUCCUGGUGCAUCAUCAUGGACAUGCAUACAAUGGAUUUGGGCCAAUAAAAGCAGCUUCUUUCGAAGAGAAGUGAGUAGUGGUAUAUCAAUAGAAGAAGAUUACAAUCCAUAUUUCGAUAUAAUGGGAGUGGAAUACAAUCAAAUAAUGUUCAAUUUGACCAGUGGAAUGAUGGGUCUAUUCAACAACUACCCGGAGUCAAAACAGGCGCAGACAAUGGUGUUGGCCUUCUUCGGGCACCACAUCGACGACACGGAUGUGUUGAGUCAUUUCCGAAAGAAACGAUUGGAGGCCAAAGGCAUGUCAUUGUUGGCCAAAAUGAGUUUUCCAUCGUUUAUCAUAAAAGGGCUUUUGUUUGGACCCAAGAAUCUGAUCAAAACUAAGGAAGAAUUCAUGGAUAUUAAGAAAUACAGUUUAGUCGACAAAUUGAAACCAUACUCCAAUAGUAAAGAUAUAAUGGAUAAAAUUUUUACCGAGUGUUUUAUGAUAUGGGAAACAUCUAUGAAAAAUCACGGGGGCGUCUCUUUUGGGUCGUCAAUUAAAAAUGCAAUUUUGAGAUCUAUGCUCGAAAGCUCAAUGAAGGAUAACCCAAAUUUGGACUCGGAUUUCAAUUUAUUGAUCUCUUCGUGUAAUGAUGUGAUCAGCGCUGAAGUGCCAAAGAUUUUACGUGAAAUCGCAAAGUCUAUUAAAGACAAGCAGUGGUUCCGACAAUUGAGUGAUGAGGAAGCGCUUCAAGUGUUGACCACAGGAAGCGAUGAGACAUCCAUUAAAUUCAGACAAUUUCUCGAUAGACACGGACACAGAGGGUAUCGAGAAUCAGAUCCUAUGCAUAAGCCAUGGAAAGGCAAUCCAAUGCCUUGUGUGAAGACUAUUAAAACAAUAUUAUCGGGAAAUGAAUCACAAUUUGAAAUUAAAAUUGAAAAAUCUGUCGAAGAAGUGAUCGAUGAACUGAAGACACCAUUGACUCCAUUCAAGAAACUACUUCUGAAAAAGUUUUUCCUUCCGUGGACUCGAAGAGGGAUUGGAUAUCGAGAGCUCUCCAAGUAUUUCAUGAUUUGGAUGAACAAUCAAUUUCGGGACGCCUUCUGGUAUUUGUCUCAACAAAUGGUUAGCGAAGGAUUGAUCCCAACUGUGGACACAUUUUUUUACCUCACGAUGACUGAAGUGGAAGCGCUAUGUAAUGGACAAAGAGAUCCAUUGAUAUUCUCGAGAGUAAGACAACGGCGAAGACUUUAUCCAAAAAUGGAUAAAUACAAGUUCGAGGAGUUUAUUAAAGGACCCGAAAUGAAGCCCAGAAAUUUUGAGGACCGGAUUAUACCUCCAGUUCUGACCUCAGGUAUGGUUCAAAUGACGGGAACACCAGUUAGUAAUGGAUCCAUAAAAGCGAGGGUUUGUGUGUCUGAAGACAUUACAGAAGCCGAUAAUAUUCAGCCGGGAGAUAUACUGAUAACGUACUCGACGGACAUCGGUUGGAGUCCAUACUUCCCAUUACUUUCGGGUAUAAUCACAGAAAUCGGUGGAACGAUAUCUCACGGGGCAGUCAUUGCCCGCGAAUACGGGAUCCCGAGUCUGAUAGCAGUGGAGGGCGCGUGUCGUGCCUUCAGGACCGGCGAUAUCUGUCUAUUGGACACUAAGACACAGACCAUCACUAAAAUAGACAAACACGCGCUGUCUUUCCACUAUAACCAUAUGGUUGAAAUUAAUGGCCAAAUCAACGGCCGAUGGUUUAAGUAUCUGAAAGUGUUGUCCACUUUGUGGUCACAGAGGAAGGCGAGGAAGAAACACAGAAUUCAUACACACAAUGCCCUAAGCGAUAGGGCACAGGACGCGGGUGUGUUGCCAUUCAAACAUGAGUGGGAUUAUGAUUUACCGGCACAGACAAAAGCCGAGGAUGUGUUGAUAUAUGGCGUGAAUUCAUCGAAACAAAGCAUUUAUAUUGCAAUCAAAUGGAGACCAAAAGGAAUGAACGAUAAGAUCAAUGCAACCAUUAGUUUGAGAUUUGAUGACAACAACAGUAAUAGCUAUACAUUAGAGGAGGACUCGGAGGUCGAGUACCGGAGCAAUGAAUACAGAGUGUGUGGACUCGGCUUAGAGAUAUCGGUACUAGGUAAAGGAAGUUCUUUAGCGGUUCUCAAGAGUUUGAGUGAAGAUUUGGUUAAAGAGAAGUACGAAAACACAUUCAAUGUUCCGAAUGGUGUUAUUGUGACCACAAAUGCUUAUCAAAGACUUCUUAACGAUAAUAAAGAUUUGGUUAAAAGUAUUGAAGACUUGGAAAAGUCGACUCAAUUGUCAACAAAGGAUCUGAAGACUAAAUGCGAGAAUUUAAUGGACUUAAUAUCGAGUCAUAAAUUACCUGAAGAUAUAAAACAAGAAAUAAAAGUGAAAUUAAGUGAGAAUUUCAGUGAUUAUGAGAAGAGAUUAUUUGCCGUCAGAUCUUCGGGCGCUUCGGAAGACUCGGAGGAGAUGUCAGCCGCCGGACAAAUGACUACAUAUUUAGGAGUGAAAGGAUUGGAUGAGAUGUACUCAUCAGUGAUGAAGUGCUGGUCUUCACAGUUCUCUCACAUCGCAUAC